AUGGCUGCAUCAAAUACGACACAGCGAUUAAUUCGCGAGCUGAAGGAAUAUCAUAAGACGCCGAAUGAGUCGCUGCUCCAUCUUGGCCCUGUCGAUGAGGAGGACCUAUUACAUUGGGAGGCGGUGUUGAAAGGCGUAGAUGGGACACCGUACGAAGGCGGCCUCUGGCACCUUCGCAUCGCAAUCCCUCCGAACUACCCCCUCGCACCACCGACCAUCCACUUCACGACGAAGAUCUCGCAUCCGAACAUCUCCUUCACCAAUGGCGAAAUCUGCCUCACUCUCCUGACGACCGAGCACUGGAGUCCUGUCUAUACCCUUUCGUCGACGCUGACUGCCAUCCAGCAGCUGCUGACGGACCCGCAGCCUGACUCGCCGCUGAAUGUUGAUGUUGCGGCUCUCCUGCGCGACGGAGACCUUGCAGCUUGGGAGAGCGUGGUUCGAUACUGGACUGCAGAAGAACGGUGGAAGGGGCCAUAA